GCAGCGUCUGAGAUCGCUGUAGGUCAGCGUCAGCGAGUACAGUACGUACUGUUGGUGCUUCAGAAAGAUUUAAACACUGAAGGAACAAACACAUGCACUCACAACCACAUGUACUUACUAUGUGUAUAUUUAUAUCAUAUGCAUAUACUAUAAUAGUAAUUCUGAGCCCUUGAGCAGUUUUCUUGAAGACGUCAGAAUUGCUGAUCCGACUGAACUAUUCUCAUUAAACCCAAAUCUCUUCAUUACUUCCUCAAAAGCUCCAACCUGGUUUGUCCAAUGCAGCCGAACAAGUUCAUACAGAUAUUGACCUAUAUGAAUAUCAGGUGUGUGUGUGUGUGUGUGUGUGAGCUGAGGGGGCAGGGUCUCACUCUGCUUCGCUGCCAGAAUGCACAGUUCUCACACUCGGAGUUGGACUCAGUGACGAGGCAUCAUGUUCUGCUUCAUGCUCCUGAUUUACUAUUUGUCGAGCACGACAUGCUCAGAGUUGCUGGGUCGUUACAGGCGGGCUUGGAUUAUAGACUCCUUCACCAUCGAGGAGGGGCACCCGGGGCCCUUCCCAUACGCACUGGGAAAGAUAAACGUUGAGCGGAACUACUGGAUAUUCUACGAUAUUUACGGUGAAGGAGUGAACGAGAGCCCAAAGGGAGUGAUCUCCAUCGACCAAGAAGGAACUCUGUUUGUCCACAAGCCUGUGGACUACGAGGAGAAGACGCUCCUUAAGCUGACAUUUGAAGUCCGAAAGGGGAAUCACCUAAUUGACACCAAGUUAGGAGUUGAAAUCCAUAUUAAGGACAUCAAUGACAACCCGCCACGCUUUAACAGGGAUGUUUAUGAAAUCAGAGUCAAUGAGAGAAGCAAACAGGGAUCCUCUCUGCUGCGACUUGACGCCUAUGACAGAGACCAGAGAGGGACACUAAACAGCACCUUCCACUACGAAAUCAAAGCUGCGUCUCCAAACAUCGCAGACACACAAUUCUUCGUAGACGCAGCUGGAAACAUUUCAUUCAGGGGAUGUUUGGAUUAUGAGGCAGCUAAAACCUUCAAGUUACUGGUGGAGGUCAAAGACCAUGGCGACGUGGUCAGUCUGUCCAGUUCUGCCACCGUAGUCAUCCAUAUCCAGGAUGGGAACAACCACCUCCCAACUGUUGUGGGUCAAACGGGCUCCGGUAAAGUCAGGGAGGAGGAGACUGGCUCCUCUCCCCUGCGGCUGCACGUGGCCGACGAGGAUACCCGGAACAGCCCCGCGUGGAGAGCAAGGUUCAUCAUCCGAGGUGACGAGGGAGGGCACUUUAAGAUGGAGACGGACCCAAACACCAACGACGGCGUCCUGACAGUAGUGAGGCCUUUAAACUUUGAAGCGGGAGCGCGCAGGGAGCUGACGAUAACAGUGGAGAACCAGGCACCGUACUUCUCCUGUAAAGUGGUGGAGAGGACGGCGUCACCCCUCUGGACGGUGGACACCGGUGGGAGUGGGGGUCCUCACUCUGUGCCUCAGCCUCACUCUGUGAACGUGACGGUGGAGGUGGAGGACAUCAACGACCCUCCGGUGUUCAGCGUGGCUGCCAAAGAGGCCGUGCUGAAGGAGAACUCGCCCCUCGGAACCUGGGUGGAGAAGGUGACGGCUGUGGAUGCCGACGCCACCUUGUCUAGAAGUUUCCUGUACAAGGUUGGAAGUGAUCCAGCCGGCUGGGUGACGGUAGAUCCUCACACGGGCGACGUCACCACCAUCAAAACCCCCGACAGAGAGUCUCCCCACGUGGUCGACGGCAUCUACACCAUUGUGCUGCUGGCAGUAGACGACGGCUCGCCGCCGGCGACGGGCACGACAACGCUGCACAUCCACGUGAGCGACCAGAACGACCACGCGCCGCAGCUGACAGCCGAGCGCCUGGACGUGUGCGAGUCCGACGGCCUCGCCAACAUCACGGCCUUCGACCUGGAUGAGAGUCCCUUCGGAGGGCCUUUCACAUUCGAGCUCCUGGGAGACGUCAAGGGGAAAUGGAAACUGAAGCCUUCGUACGGUUACACGGCUGGACUGGUGAAGCAGCCUGGCGUGUUCGCUGGCCAACACAUAAUCACUCUGAAGAUCUCCGACAUGCAGGGAGAGUUUGUGGUUUAUAACCUGAGUGUGACCAUCUGCGACUGCUCCGGGACGUCCGCCUGCAGAACCCAGAGGAGCGGCGGCCCAAAAGCAGCCCCUCGCGCUUUAGGCAUAAUGUUGGCCUCGUGGUUCUUAUUCCCCAUCCUGCUGCUGACGGCAGUCGUCGUUUCCUGCAAAAAGGAGUUUGCCAGUUUGCAGAUCGACGACUCGGAAACGCUCCUGGAGUCGAACACGGAGACGCCGGGGACAGACUGCAAGGUACCUGACUGGGUUCAUCACUCACCUGUAGUGUCCUCUGUCGAGCACAAACACCCACCAAAGAGGCACAAUCUCAGUAACGAGGAGCAAUGCACUACGGUUUCACGAACGACGCAUAUGGAAAAAAGCAUUUGUGAAAACUAUUUGGACUACAGGAGAGAAAACAUAAGCUACCAAUUCCAGCCAAGUGACACCUGGAACCAUCAGCAUGUGUUUUCAGUCAAGGAGGACAUGAACACAACUGAUUUCCUUUACGAAACAGACGUGAGCUACAUGAUGGAGUCAACAGUCCUGGCGCUGCUUCACUGGAGGCUCUCGACCCUACAAGCAAACGAGGAUAAUCAGGACUAUGAGCCCCACGUCUACGCAGAGGAGGGCGACGCCAACGACCUCUUAGAGCUGGAGGACGUCACCUUACCCGAUGAGGACGAGUUGUUCAGGAAAACGCUGAGCAAUUUGGGCUCCAAGUUCAACCAACUGGCUUCGAUUUGCCAGCCCUCAGUUAAAAACUGAACACAAGCGCUUCUGUAAGCAUCAACUGCUGUGAGCAGGGGGUCAAAGGAAAUGCUGAGCUACUACAGGAGCUCAUUCACAGGGUAACGGAGAAGCAAAACCUGUACCAAACUGAGUUCAAUGACAAUUUACACUGUUGAGUCUGUUUUUUAAUAGCAACUGUUGCACAUUUCUCUACAGCUUGACUUUACAAUGGGGAAAAGAAAAAAAAGCAGGGACAUUAUCAAUUUUAUCAUAAUCCAAGUUCAGCUUGGACAUAAACUUUGACAGUCAAGAAGACUAUUUGAAAAUCAAAAACAAAUCAACAUGCUCUCUAGCCUGUUCAAAACAGAAUCCACAUUGCAUGCUUCCAAACCAACCAAUUAAUACAUUGGCUUAAGUGCACAGCUGCUGGAUUAAAAAUAAAUUGCUCUCCCAUUUUACAUUAAGGGUGUGAAGUACAUUUU